AUUCCAACACAUCUGCAAUAACAAACAACAACAACAACAACUACACCUACAACAUCCUACAACACCUUAUUAAUCUUUUACAAGACCAUCUCGUGUAAAUACACAAAAACACAACCACCUAAAACUCAACACUACACAAAUCAUCCAAAAUGGGCGGUGUUAUGUCUUGUAUCCGAUCUUGCCUCCAGACCAUUGGAGAUGCAAUCAUGGCUGUUAUCGGCGGUAUCGGCCGCAUCCUCCAGGCCAUCAUCGGCGCCGUUGUCCGCUUCUGCGGUAUCAUCGUUAGCUUCCUCACCUGCGGUUACUGUGGUAGCAAGGGUGGACGCACCAAGCGACGAACACGCAGCCACAUGAGGUCGACAAGAGUAUAGAGACUCCGACACUCGCUCUGAACGACGCCAAGGAAUAGAGAAGCGCUUUAUGAUACCAAUUUGAGAGAGAGUUAGGGAAGGGGGGAAGAAGGGCGGAUAAUGAUACACGGGUACAUGGUGAAGGAGUUUUGUGACUGUCGCGAUAACGGCCGUAUUUGGUUUCUUUUGUGAUUCCCUUUGUAUUCUUGCGAUAGCAUUAGGAUAUCCAAUCCAAAGAUCUUUCUGCAAACA